AUGAUGUCCGACUCAAAUGAGAGUUUCUACAGACCCCCGACUUUCAUCCUAAUUGGUAUCCCCGGCCUGGAAGACGUCCAGUUCUGGAUUUCCAUCCCUAUGUGUUUCAUGUACGUCCUCACGCUCCUGGGAAACAGCGCCAUGCUGGCUAUUAUCUUGUCCAAAGAAAGCUUCCACAAACCCAUGUACCUUUUCCUUUGUAUGAUGUCCAUCAUUGACCUGGUGGCAUCGUGCACCACGACACCCAAAAUCCUCAGCAUCUUUUGGUUCAAGUCAUUGGACAUUGAUUUUAAUGCCUGCCUGGUCCAGCUCUUCUUCAUCCAUGCCUUCUCCAUGAUGGAGUCUACGGUACUGUUGGCCAUGGCGUUCGACCGCUACGUUGCCAUAUGCCACCCGUUGAGAUACACAACCGUUCUAACCAAUCAGACUAUAAUCAGGAUUGGCAUUCUGGCUAUCACGAGAGGCUCCUUGUUCAUGGCUCCUUGCCCACUUUUGAUCAACAGAUUGUCCUAUUGUAGGACCAACGUCAUAGCGCACACUUACUGCGAGCACAUGGCCGUGGUGAAGAUCGCCUGUACAGACACAACCGUUAAUCAGGUCUACGGCUUGACGGUAGCUCUUCUGGUGAUCGCGGUGGAUACAGCAUGUAUUUCGUUUUCGUACAUCGUUAUAGUCAGGGCCGUCCUCAAACUCUCCUCUAAGGAAGCUCGUCGCAAAGCAUUCAGCACGUGUGGCUCUCACAUUAUCGUCAUCCUCAUCUCCUACAUCCUGGCGCUCUUCUCCUUCUUCACCCACCGCUUCGGACACAUCAUUCCACUCCACGUUCACAUUAUUUUUGCAAACCUUUAUAUUCUUAUUCCACCCAUGUGCAAUCCAAUGAUUUACGGCGUAAAAACCAAGGAGAUAAGGGAGAGAAUCGUAUUUAUUUUCCACUGA